AUGAUGGGUGAGGCUGAGAUCAAGCCAUCAAUUCAGGUUGUCGUAAGUGCUUCCAUGAACAAUACUAGUGCAAACAACCAUACCCACCCGACCGAUAUCACCAAGCCAUCACAGUUACCAAUCUUAACCAAGCUCCAUGCAGGCUACUUUUUCAUAUGUCUUUCCUUUGGUGCACAAGCUUUACUGUGGAAGAGUUUGAGCCAACAUAACAAGGACUCACAAACUCUCUGGCAUGGAUUUAAUGUGCUUCCUUCCAUUGCAUUUCUACUACUUUGGUGUCUGUCAGUGCUUAUUGCAACUACUCUAUCUUUUCUUUACAUGCUCAAGUGCAUCCUGCAGUUUGAUAUGGUGAAGAGAGAGUUUUCACAUCAUAUUGGAGUGAACUGCAUGUAUAUUCCUUGGAUUUCUUGGCUUCUCAUGCUUCAAUCAGCACCCGUGAUUGUUCCUAGAACUUGUUACUAUCAAGUUCUUUGCUUGGCCUUUUCAUUUGUAAUAUUGCUGCUUGAUGUAAAGCUAUAUGGACAAUGGUUCACAACUGAAAAGCGGUUUCUAUCAGUUGUGGCAAACCCAGUAAGCCAGGUUUCAGUUAUAGGGAACUUGGUGGCUGCUCAAGUCAUUGCAGAAAUUGGUUGGAAAGAGAGUGCAGUUUCAAUGUUCUCACUCGGAUUGGCACAUUAUUUAAUUCUAUUUGUAACACUAUAUCAGCGUCUGACAAGUAGCAACCAGUUUCCCACAGUGCUAAGGCCAGCUUACUUCUUGUUUUUUGCUGCACCAAGCGUUGCAAGUGUAUCAUGGAAAUCCAUCUCAGGUGCUUUUGUCACCCCAUCAAAGAUGCUGUUCUUUCUGUCUUUGUUCCUUUUUAUGUCUCAGGCUUGCAGGCCAGCCCUGUUCAAGAAAUCUUUGAAAAGGUUAAACGUUACGUGGUGGGUCUACUCAUUCCCUUUGACAUUCCUUGGCCUAGCUUGUGUGGAAUAUGCUCAAGAGGUGAAAGGUAGCAUGGCCUCUGGGUUAAUGCUGGUCAUAUGUGUAGUCUCGGUGUUGGUUUUCAUUGUCUUGAUGGUUGUAACUUUACUUAAAAUUGAGAGGCUGCUGCAUGCAAAUGAUCCCAUUAUGAGUUGA